UCCUCCUCUACCUGGGUGCCCCUUCUCUGGGGCUGCUCCAGACUGUGCGGGUCACCUCCACUCUCCCUUUGCCUCCCUCUGCCCCUGAGGUCUGGUGGGGACAGGCUGGGGCCACGAGUGAGCUCCAUGGACGGGGACUUGGCCUCAGCUUAUCUUCCAGCUUUGGAAAGGAAAGAAGAAAGGACUGUGCUGAUUUGCAUUUGGGGGAUUCUUCCCCCUCCUAAACUACUGGGGGCAGAAAAAGUGAUUUGAGAUUUAACCUUGGAUUGACCGUGGAAGAAGGGACAGAAAGAGUCCAGAACAUUCACCCAGAUGUUCCAGCUGUGACUUCUCCACCACCCCUUGAUGGGACCAUCUGAACGGCCAUCCACUGGCUGGAUGCACGAGGAAGCAGAGAUGCGAAUUGGUCCCCAGCCAGCAGAGAAGAGCAGGGGGCGGGGGCUGGGAGACUGGAGCACUGGCUCUUCACGCCUCCCCCUGGCCCUGUCCUUCCUCCUCCUUUUGCCGCUGGCCAACGCCCUACUGCCCACCCCACUGCCCUUUCCAGAGCUGAGGCUGGUGGGGGGCCCGAGCCGCUGCCGGGGGCGCCUGGAGGUCUUGCACGGUGGCUCCUGGGGCAGCGUCUGUGACGAUGACUGGGAUGUGGUGGAUGCCAACGUGGUGUGUCGACAGCUGGGCUGCGGCCUGGCACUGCCCGUGCCGCGGCCCCUCGCCUUCGGCCAAGGCCGAGGCCCCAUCCUGCUGGACAACGUGGAGUGUGGCGGGCAGGAAGCUGCGCUGAGCCAGUGCGGCAGCCGAGGCUGGGGCGUCCACAACUGCUUCCACUACGAAGAUGUGGCUGUCCUGUGCGAUGAAUUCUUGCCCACGCAGCCCCCAACAAGGAAAGUGUUAACCAGUAGGGCGCCCCCUACAACUCCCCAGAAUGGGAAAGGUGAGGGCAGCGUGCGCCUGGUUGGGGGCGUGGGCCCGUGUCAGGGCAGAGUCGAGAUCCUUCAUGGUGGCCUGUGGGGCACGGUCUGCGACGACGACUGGGGGCUGCCGGAUGCUGCUGUGGUCUGCCGCCAACUGGGCUGUGGGGCGGCCCUGGCCGCCACCACCAACGCCUUCUUCGGUUAUGGCACGGGGCACAUCCUUCUGGACAACGUGCACUGCGAAGGCAGCGAGCCCCGCCUGGCAGCCUGCCUAAGCCUGGGCUGGGGUGUGCACAACUGCGGCCACCACGAGGACGCCGGCGCGCUCUGCGCAGUCCUGGGCCCCCCGACUCUCACCGCACUACCACCCUUGGCCACAAGAGAGGACUGGGCCUGGCACACAGAGCCAGAAGCUACAGGAGUUGGUGCCCUGCCUUCCAGGGAGAUGGCACUGUUCACCACAGCCACCUGGGUCGCGGGGAAGAAAAGCGGGCGGCUGCGGCUGGUGGGCGGUCCAGGCCCGUGCCGCGGCCGCGUGGAGGUGAUGUACGCCGGGGGCUGGGGCACCGUGUGCGACGAUGACUGGGACUUCGCGGACGCGCGUGUGGCCUGCCGCGAGGCGGGCUGCGGGCCUGCGUUGGGCGCCACGGGCCUCGGACACUUCGGCUACGGGCGCGGCCCCGUGCUGCUGGACAACGUGGGCUGCGCCGGGACGGAGGCCCACCUGAGCGACUGCUUCCACCUGGGCUGGGGCCAGCACAACUGCGGCCACCACGAAGAUGCCGGCGCGCUCUGCUCAGGCCCAGAGGAGCUAGGACUUCAAGUCCAGCAGGAUGGUUCUGAGACCACCCGGGCGCCCACUCCUCGGCCCAGGGACGGGCACCUGCGUCUGGCCAAUGGAGCCCACCAAUGUGAGGGGCGCGUAGAACUCUUCCUAGGGCAACGGUGGGGCACUGUUUGCGAUGACGCUUGGGACCUGCGGGCAGCCACUGUCCUGUGCCACCAGCUGGGCUGUGGCCAGGCCCUGGCAGCCCCCGGCGAGGCCCACUUCGGCCCGGGCCGAGGCCCUAUCCUCCUGGACAAUGUCAAGUGCCGUGGGGACGAGAGUGCCCUUCUGCUCUGCUCUCACAUCCGCUGGGAUGCCCACAACUGUGACCACAGUGAAGACGCCAGUGUCCUGUGCCAGCCAUUGUGACCCAGCCCAUUCUGCAGACCAUCUCUUCUGGGAGCCUGCUGUGGCCUGCCCCUCUUCCUCCAGGAAGCCCUCCUCCUCUGACAACCUCAGUUCACUCUGCCCUUCCCUCCUCUUGCCUGGGAGAGAGCCUAUUCAGAGAGUGUGGUCCUGCAUGGGGGAGCCUGGCUCUACCCAUCAACUUCUGGUGUGACAUCACCUGUCACCAAUUAUUGUGGGCCCAAUUCAAUAAGAGUUCCCACUUGCUGCUCAGCCAGAACAUAAAAUGGGGGGAAGGGAAUGACUCAUAACUGUUUUCUUCGGUGGGGCUCCUGUUACAACACCUGACCCUGCCUUCCUGGACCCUGGUCCAGGAGGCUCAGGGGCUCUCUAUAAAUGGAGUAUCCCCCCUCUCCCCAACCCAUAUUGGGAGCCCCAAGAAGAGGGAAGGCAGGAGAGACCCACAGCUCUGACCUUAGACUGCCUGUGGCUGCAGAAGAAUCUGGGUCAUUGCCCUGGCCUUCUCCGUGAAGGCCCAGACUCAGAUGGUGCUUGGCUGGACAAGGGGACUGGAGGGGCCAAAGCAGGGACAGCGGCCCCUCCCUGCAGCUGGAACCAACAUCUCUGAUUUAUGCUGCCCCCACCACAGAGCCUCCACUUUGCAGUAGCGAAGAACCCUGGGGGCCUGUAGCCACCUGUUUAUAGGUGCCAAGUCAAUAAAGCAUUGUCCCCCCCC